AUGUCUUACCCAGCACUGUCCGAACUAUCUAAAGCAGAGCCAAUUAAGGACGGACUGGACGCCUUCCGAACUCAAUCCCACCUCCCAUCAUUAUCCGGACGGGAUGUAUUCCGAAACGACCUCGGAUGGCUGAUCCCAGAUGCUCUCUCUAACGAAUCUGAUAUCUCCCGAGUUCUUUCCCCACUCAGUAGCGUUCUGGAUAACGAGCCUGAUGUAACCAUCUGGCGCAAAGCCUACAGCGCCGCUAUCAACAGGACACCUCCUCCUAGGCCCGUGGUCACUCGCAAUGAAGCGUCGUCUUCGCCUACGAUGUGGCCUAUGGCAGACUCGUUCGAAUAUGAGAGACGAGCGGAUGCCAUGCUGGAACAGGAAUUAGGUUCUAUGUACAUUGACGUCCCUGGUUUUUUCGAUGCCUAUCUGGGGCGUGCAGAGGAGGUGGAGACGGCGGCUGCAACGAUCAUGCGAAGCUUCGGAGAAGAUAGCAUCUACGACAAUAGCAUGGGCUGGACAGACUGGCCUAGAGCCGCUCAGAAGCAGGAUGUACAUCACUGGCUUGGUCAAAAGUUCUUUCUGUUACGGGACCUUGCCACGAAACAGAACCUCGCGGUUGAUGACAAGACUUUCGUCCAGGCUUCUCAGUCUCGCUGUAGAUCUGCCGCGCGACGCCAAUUAUAUGUCGCCAUUGCAACAAGCCAAAUUGAUGCGCGGAAGAGAAAUGCUCGGUGGUCGGAUAUACUAAUUCCAGGCGAGUUAGAUAGCGAUUCAGAUCUCGAUGGCUGUUCAACGACGUGGCUUGAGCUGGGACGCUCUGUGCGAGAGGUGUUUCCGGCACAAGACAGGCGAUUUGUUCUGGGUUUUACUCUGUGCGGAUCUAUCAUGAGACUGUGGGCGUUUGACCGCUCGGGAGCAAUAUCCUCCUCCUCGUUUGACAUCAACGAGGAAGGCUUACUCUUCGUUUCGACGAUGCUGGGAUUCCUUCAUAUGAGCGAGAAACAACUCGGGUUUGACCCUACCAUUUUGAAGUCAGACGCUGAAGAGAAAUCAAUCGCGAUCACGCGUAAUGGGCAAGUUGAGCGUGUUGUCCUUGACGAGAUUAUAAAUCAAUCACCACGCAUUGCUGGGAAGAGCGACAAGAUGCUGGAAGGCCCAUCUGGACGAUCGGCACAAAACCCGCAUCGCGAACUGCUACCGGAAGUUACCCAGAAGGGCGUCGUGAACGUCGCACGGUAUUACCACCACCAGGAGGUCACUAUAAACGGCCAAGUCGACGAUAUCCAGAAUAUCCGCAAGGGACUCGACGUGACGCAGGGGACUUACUAUGGCACAAACCAUGCUCAGUCAACUAACACGGAAGGGUGGUUGCUUGUAGGUAGCUCCAACAGGACCAGAGACGCCAUAUGGUCCAGCGGGGCCAGGCCUCGCAAAGGGGCUCGUCUAGACUCUUCAGUGCACGAGCCGAAACAUCUCCCUAAGAAUCGUGUACACCGUCGCAUAUUCACCCGCGACUACGGCAAACCAAUCUACAAAGCAAGCUCCCCAGCUGUCCUACUACGAGCACUCGAGCAAUGUAUCGAAGGCCACCAAUCCCUCUACACCAAAGCAGGAAUCCUCCACGGCGACAUCUCCCCCAGCAACCUCCUAAUUAACGAAGAAACGAACUACCCCUACCCAUCCUUCCUAAUUGGCCUAGACCUCUCACAUAGAGAACAACCUUCCCUAUCCCCCAGUACCACUGAGCCUAGAGAAAGAACCAGAAAAACAGGAACAAGACCCUUCACAGCCAUCGGCCUCCUCCUCAACGAGCAACCCUCCUUCCACCACGACCUCGAAUCCUUCUUCUGGGUCCUCUUCUGGAUAUGCAUCCACCACAACGGAACAGACCAGAACUUCCAGCCCACCAUGUUCAACCUGUGGGACGACGAUAGUGAUUCCCAUCUGGCGUUCUCCAAAACCGGCAUAGUGUGCAAUGCGCGCGAUUUUUCGACGAUCAUGGAAAGGCAUUGUGCCCCGUUUUACCGGCCCUUGAUUCCGGCGGCUGCGGAUUCUGGGAGAUAUCACGGCAAGGUGAGCAAGCCCGCACUGGUUGAGAGGACUAAGACGGCAUACAAUGUAAAGACGAAUUCUGGUGGUCAGGGAUUGCACUGUCCGUAUUAA